AGUGCUCUUAAAAACGGCAGUGUCGUGUAUGGUAAUGUAUAUCUAUUUUGUUUGACCGACGUAACGAUUUUCUACAAAUAUUAACCUUGAACAACGCUGAGCCUUUGUGAUAUGCAGGAAACCAAUAUCGCAGAGAUUGGUGAGGAGUACAAUACGAUUCAUGAAAUAUUGUGGCAGAUUGAAAUGAAGGACCUUUUAAUUAUUUUUCACUGAAUGUCCGGUUGCAUCCACUACUACGUGUUAUAGGUUGAUGCUUUUCAAUCUGCGAAAAUUUAUUGACGAUAAAGACAAUCGGCCUAUACUAUGAUAUACCUGUGAAGUACACAGCAGGAAUUCAAAGAAAAAUAGCAGACUUGCCCAUUUAUUGUAGGUUGCAUUCAGAUUCCACCUUUUCCUUACAGCUUUUCGACUGUAAACUUUUGUUGACAUAAUGCACCGAAAACCUCCAAGCAUGGAAACAUUUGACAUUAUAACACUGAUAGGAGCUAUUCUGUCGACUGUCUUUUGCAUUGGAACAGUCACAACAUAUUCCAGUUUUGGGGAAUUGCGGAAUAUCUCCGGAUUAUGUCUUAUCAACGUUUCGCUGGCACUGUUAACUCUAGCUUUCAUUUUCAUUGCCACCUAUUUUCUUGUGAUCAGUGGAACAUCAUGUGUUACCGUGGCAAUCCUCAAACAGAUUUGCUGGCUCGCCUCCUUCUCUUGGAUGUCACUUCAGGCCGUCCACAUGGUCCGCACGUUUGUCCUCACCAAUUGGCAAAGGCCUUUGGGACAUCCGCAGAACCGGCAGCAAUGGAUCAAGAUCAGCAUGGCACACGCCCUCAUGGGCUGGGGCCUCCCAAUGAUCUAUUCAGCGGUGCUUUUGUAUUUUCAUUUGUGUCGCGAUUGCUUGCCGGGUGGAGUCGAGUUUCGGUUAGGAAAAGACUCGAACUCUACCAUAAAAUACUGUUGGCCGGGAAGCACAUAUCUUGGAAACCAUCUCACAAUCGAUCCGAUGCUCGUUCUUCUUGCUUUCAACAUUGUGGCCCUCCUCAUUGUCAUGAUAGCAAUUAUCAAAAAACGAAUGAUGACGAGAAAAGUAGCAGGACGGGAUCUUAAAAAAGAAAUUGCUGUAAAUCUUCUAAUCUUGGCUAAGCUUUCCAUCUCCCUAGGAGCCACGUGGUUGCCUGUCCUGCUCCAUCGUUUCCUUCAUCACCUAGUCCUGAUGCAGAUCCAUGUUCUACUCAAUUCGUGGCUCGGUGUAAUCAUUUUCAUGCUAUUCUCUACCUCGCAGAGGAUCCGUCGACUUUGGAAAGGAAGACUCCGAGGUCUGUGCCUCACGAAAGCAGAGACCAGUGAUCUUUACAGACUCCGAGAAUCGUCUGGUAGCGGAAGAAAUGACAUGACUGCUUGAUCAUGUUGAUAAAAAGGGUGCAAUAACAUUCUUUAGUUUUUUAUCUGAUGCUUAGAGAUUAAAACCAAUCAACCAACCAACGAAUCGAUCAAUCAAUAAUGAUUGUGCUCUUACUUGACCUAUAAAGUCGGCGUUAGACACCUUUGAUCGCUUUGUACCGUUGCUUGGAUUAUAAUCUGACUUCUUGUCCAGUUCGAAAGGCCCCCUUCUUGGUUUGAGUCAUAUUUCGAUGAUCGAUCAUUUACAGUGUCAAUUGUUUACAAAUUAUCUCAUAAAGUUAAAUUGUAAUAUAGUGUUCCCCAGGGUUCCAUUUUGGAACCUGUUUUUUUUUUCACUGUGUGUUUGAGGAAACUAUGGAAAUUCUGAGGAAUAAUACUGAUGAUGGUCAAUUAUACCAUUCUCUCUGCAACUGGUUUUCUUAAUGCAUUUCUCAGAAGAAUAUGCUUGGGAAGUGGAUGCAUGGAUGAUAAGAAAUAAGAUUCUCUUUAACAAAAAAAAAAACAGAACCUCUUUCGAUCAUAUUUCUUAGACUUGGACACUACCUAGCCAUGUUCAUUAGUUUGUGAUGAUAUCGUAAAGCCCGUUUAAUCUGUCAGAACUUUGUAGGUGUUUAACUGGAUUCGUCACUAAUGAUGUUUAAGAUUAAUUAGGAAGGUUAAUUCCUUUUACAAAAAACUUGAUUUUCUUGUGCAAUCACUGACGUACAGAUGUGGGCCUUGGGGCCAUGGACACCCCCCCCCCUAUUUCUCAACAAUGAAGAGGGUAAAAAGGAAAGAAAGUGAAAGGAAAAUUGUGAAACAUUUUACUAUUUUCUGCGUACAAAAUUAUGUCGAAAUCGAUCACAAAAUUACAUUUUUUAAAUUAAAUUGUUCAUCGCUUCUCUCAUUCUCAUCUUUUAAGAUUUUUUUUUCAAAGUCAAAUACGCUAUAUGUCUGAAUCCCUCAAGAUUUUUUACUCACUCCGCCACUAUAUGCAAUAUAUCUAGGGUAAGGAUGACGGAUGAGGUUUGUCAUCUUCUAUGCUCGCUAAUGUAAAGCCAUCUGGAUAAUGCUAUUUCUCCUUUAAUAAUAGUCGUACGGAUAUCUAUAGCCAUUAAUACGACGAAGUCAGAAUCGUGCAGCUCGUAUCAUUUCAAUGGCCAGAAAGGGUGUCUCUUUUGUUCAAAGAAUGGCUGCAAAGACACCACAGUGCAUUUUAAUGACUGUUUUCUCUGUCCAGCUAUCAAUCUUACUUUUCAUUACGUUCUACAAUGUUCUAGAACAGUCCAAUUUCGUCCUUAGGUAAAAUUAUUAAAAAACAAGCUGAAUUUUUAUCUACAGCAGUAUUGUAAGCACCUGGAAAAUAUUUUAGUUGAUUAUAAAAUAUGUAUGCAAUCGAUCAAUCAAUCAAAUAUCUACAGAUCCAUCCAUCUAUUUUAUUUAUCUAUCUACAUCAAUCAGUCAGUCAGAAAUUAUUUUUCUUUGAAGCAUGGUUGAAAACAUUAAUGGAGUGAAUCCCGUUAGACUGUUUCCUAUUAAGUUGGUACUGUCAUAUAUAUAUGUGAUAGUAUUGUGAUAGUAUCCAGCCUACGAUAUCUAUUUCAUGAAUAUUCAUAUUCAUUGUGGCAUAAAUUAUAUGAGCAUAACCAAAGCGCUUUGCGCUUUCACCACCUAGCAACCAAUGUUUUCAUUUUGCAAUUUUUGCCACUUUCCUAAAGAACGAGAUAGGAUACGGUCAUACUAUCACAAUAGUCUGUAAUUACAGGUAUGUCUUCUUCAUUUAUAUCAUUAUUAUUUUAAUCGAAUUAAUUAUUCAUUAUUCAUUUAUUAAUUUAUUUGUUCAUUCAUUAAUCUGUCAUUAUGAAAUAUUUUCAACUUGGUGGGUGAUAAUUCAUUGAUGUGCAAAACAAACUUGGAUGUUGUAUCUCCUUAUAUUUUUCAGACGCUUCUGACGAAGUCUCAAUUAAAAGACGAAAGCUAAAGCAAAUAAA